CAUUCUAAAACUAUUUCGAUUAUUUAUUCUCAUUUCCAUGUUUAAAGCACAAGUUGUCGAACCAGUAGCUGGUUUAAAAACUGGCUUCCAAAUGUUUGACAAAAUGCCUCAAAGGAAAUGACUGUGUGUUUGUAUGAAUAUGGCAUUGAGGCGUUUUUUUGGGUUUUCGGAUGGUGAGCUGAUGCGCUCAGAUUCAAAGCCUUGUUCAAGAUUGAUGAGGCAGACAGCUGGAAUUUUUACUGUUGGAGGAGCAUUGGGGUUCUGGGUUCUCUGUAAACUCCAUUAUGGCCCUAGAAUUACAAUUCCAAGAACCCUUCGGUGGGCAACUUGCGGAGCUGUUUCUGUGAGCUCAACUGCUGCUCUGCUGGUCCGCCUUUUCAGUCCAGAAUGCGAACCUCAGAAUAUCGCUGCAUAUGAUAGAGGGAAGUAGUAAUAAGCUGCAUAUAGGGGUUGAGUUUGUUGUGCUGAAGAAUUCUAUUAUAACUCCUUGAAUCAAAAGAUCUCAUGAGAACCCCAAUAGGCAAAAACUAAAUACAAGUGUACUGUUGUUUACGUUGACAGGUUAAUUAUUAUGAACCAUUGAAAGAUCUUUAAAUUCCA